CUGUUUACUACACCGAGGGAAACGAAGCAAAGGUUAACAGUUAGUGAAGAGAAGAACACGUAUACUUUCAGACUGGAGGGAUUUUAGAGUGAGCUUUCGUGUUACACUCAAGAUGUUUGUUGUUGUGUUACUGGCGUUCAUGUCUGGCUAUACUGCUGGUUAUUCAGUUGUCACCGAUAAGAACACCCUUGUCAAAAUUCCUCUUCCGGCCGAUGACCUCUGGUCGCGGAUACUCGUAGCGACGACGCAUAACGACACGCGAGCCGACAUCACCUUCCACGUUGAGGGAUACGAACUCCUCUCCGAGUCCGCCAGCCCCGUGGAGGCCGGCGUCUGGCACGUGUGUGAUGUCGUCCAGCCGAACGGCGAGGCAGAAGGCUACGUGGUGGCGCCUCUCUUUCGCAUCAGCCACAAAUUCACCCAAAGAAUCAUCCAUGUGUCUUUGGUGAGCAAUGCCAGCGCCACCUGGGUCUUGUGCACAGACUCCUACACGUGUGAUUUGGUGUCCCUUAAGCAGGAGGAGGAGCAGGAGGAGGAACCGGAGAAGGAGGAGCAGGUGGAGCAGGUGGAGCAAGUAGGAGGAGCUACAGGUGUUGCCACAGGUACGAGCAACAUCGCCCUAAUUGUAAUCUGUGUGUUCCUUGCCCUGCUGUCUUCCGUCCUGGCUCUCUACAUAUGUUGGGCGAAACAUCGGGAGGGAAAAACAUGCCAAACCCCACACCUAGAAAAGACAGCGACAACCCCUCCUGCAGAAGGUAAAGCGAACCCUCAGGGGCCGGAUCGAGUAGAACCCCCCGCCCAGGCCUCGAGGCAGAACUCAGAACACGACAGCGAGAACAGCCUAUACAACGUCAUAACAAAGUGACGUCCAUUACUGUGUUCUCUAGAUCUCUCCUUUCUUUAAUUUCGGCGCUGCUGGUAUCGCCUUUGUUCCUUUGAGGAAGGACUUGGUAUUUCAUGUAGUGCACCA